CCAGAACUUGUUCUUUCAUACACAUCUCUGCUUCUACGUCCCCCUCUUUAUAGCAUCUCUGGGUUCUCGAGUAUCAAGGUUGUUCUUAAGGUGAACAAAUGGGGCUAAGAGGGAAAUUGGCUGCUGAAAUAGAGAUAAAAUCUUCAGCUGAAGCUUAUUUCAAACGACUCAAGGAUGAACUUCACCAUCUCCCCGAUGCUGCCUCCAAUGUGCAUGGGGUUGAAGUCCAUGAAGGCGACUUUAAAACUCAUGGCUCCAUCAAGUCCUGGACUUACACUCUUGAUGGACGAACAGAGGUUUUCAAGGAGAGGUUCGAAAUAGAUGAGAAGAACAUGUCGGUGUCAAUGGUGGCCGUGGAUGGGCACAUCCUCCAGCGGUACAAGAGCUACAAGCUCAUAUACAAGGUUAUCCCGAAGACCGGCAAUGAGCCUCCGGCGGUGAGAGUUACCCUUGAUUAUGAAAAACAUAAGGAGACUGAUGCUGAUCCGCACAAGGAGAUGGAAUUCAUGAUCUCUAUGAUGAAAGAUAUUGACAAGCACCUCCUUGGCCAGUAAUAAUAAUAAGAGAGAUAAAUGGCGUGGGCCUGGCUGAGUAAGGUCGAGUUUCUCGUCCAUGAAAAUGGCAAAAUGUGUGUUUUUUGAAUAAUUUGCCAUUUACUAUUUCCAUUUCGUACUGGUAUGAAUAAAUGUUGGUGGGUGCAACUGAAGUUUCUUUGAUAAUAAUAAAGUACUGCUUAUUAGUCUUUCUUUCGGUUA